UUAGCUUGUCUUCGUGUCCUGACAGUGGUGGGGAGCUGGAUGAGGGAGAGACGGAGAAGGUGGACUGUAGGGUACAGCCAGUACAUACAUAGUGGGGUUUUAGGGCUCUGAUUCUUUUCGGCCAGGCGGCUGACUUUAGCGGUGGGGUACCUCUUUACGAGGUGAACUGCUCUCUGGGUUACGCGCAAGUGGGAGAGGACAGGUGUGCGAAAACACCUGGAAUGAAAGAGGAAUAAAGGAGAUAGCAAGUAGCCUUUUUUGUUUUUGUUUUUGUUUUUUUUAAAAAGGAGCGUGUGUGUGUCGGGGGAGGACGGGGGACAUCGCAAAAGAGCCAUCAAGGAGGAAACAGGCUCCGGCCAGACGAUCCGUUAGCACGGACACUGCGAGGCAAACAGGAGGCGGAGGAAUAAAAGGAGACAGGCUGAUAAGGACCACGGGAGAGGAGACCCAUUAUCGCUAGGCAGGCAUGGCAGAUGCAGAGCUGGACUUCCAGACCGGUGAUGCUGGGGCAUCGGCCACCUACCCCAUGCAGUGCUCUGCCCUGCGCAAAAACGGCUUUGUUGUCCUGAAAGGCCGACCCUGCAAGAUUGUUGAGAUGUCCACCUCCAAGACUGGCAAGCACGGCCACGCUAAGGUGCACUUGGUUGGCAUUGACAUAUUCUCUGGUAAGAAGUAUGAAGAUAUUUGUCCCUCCACUCACAACAUGGACGUCCCUAACAUCAAGAGGAUGGAUUACCAGCUGAUUGGGAUCCAGGAUGGCUACCUGUCUCUGCUCCAGGACAGCGGAGAGGUGAGGGAGGACCUGAAGAUCCCAGAGGGAGACCUGGGAAAAGAGAUAGAGAGCAAGCACGAAGCCGGAGAGGAGAUCCUGAUCACUGUUCUAAAUGCAAUGGAUGAAGAAGCUGCAAUUGGCAUCAAAGCCUUGGGUAAAUAAGCCCGUGCAGGGGUAAUCGAGAUGCACUGGACCUGGGGAAAAGGAGGGGAUGUUGCCUCGUCAAUGUUAUUCUCCCUCUUUUUUUCUUUGUUUUUCACUCUCUCUCUCCCUCACUCUGUUUUCUGACCCUCCUUUGGGCUCAAUUGGAGAACUUUAAUGAAUAAUUGGAGAUUUCAAAUGGUUAAAAAAAAAAAAAAAAUUCUCUAUGUACAUGCACGUGUCCAGACGUAGUGGAAAGUCUUGCUAAAGAUCGAGGCGGUGUACGAGUGUUCUGCAGCUGCCUUCCUUCAGGGGCAAACUGCUGAUAAUGUCACGACUGCUUUGUUUUCUUUAAUUUGUCCCCGAUUUAUCAAGGGCUUCAACUCCACACCUGCAUUGACCCGCAGAGGCUUGCUGAGCAUGUGCCAUACAGGAGUGAAUACAUUGCCUUGAUUUUGUAUUUCUGUAUGGCACCAUUUCAGCACUGGGAUCUGAAUAAGCCCCCCCCCCCCCCCCCUGCCGUUUAUCAUCCUUAGUGUGUCUAUUAAACAAAGGUUACCAACAUGGCGCGCCGAGGUUCGGUUUGUUUUUGUCUACAGACACGUCAAAGAGAAACAAGAAACCAAUCCUCUUCAAGGAGAAAUUCUCUUUUCUGUUCUAAAGUCUGUCAGCCAAAACUCAAUUUAACUUCACUGUUUGGAGUAUUAUUUGUUGUACUCUCAAACUUUGAGCAGGCAUUCAGGAGGCAGACGAGUUGCGGCAGUUUGGUGUCCUUACUUUGUGUUCAUACAGCCAGUCCAAACUGUGCAGAAUGUUUCCAUGGCCAAAACAAAUAAAGAUGACACAAACUGUU